ACAAACACUAUCAAAGCCAAGGCCUUUGUGUUUGUAAUAGUAUAAAUCAAAACAAAGAAAGUCUGUAAACUAAAUGACGCGUUUCAAUGGCGGCUACAUGUUCAUAUAUAUCCAAUCUUGUCUCUAAUUUUCCAUUAACGAGACUCCAUCAACCCCAAAUACCUGAUAGAGAUAGACCCAUGUUCGCCUUUUGCUUCUUCGUCUUCUUAUCAUCUUUCUCUGUCUUUCUUCUCUCCUUCGCUGUGUACAAAAGGUUAAAAAAAACAGAGCAAACCCAGAAGAACCAGAACCAGAACGAGCCCAAUGGCGAAACUCGUCAAACUCCUGAAGAUAAGUCGACCCAUUUGACCCAGUCGGCUCGUUCACUCCUCCUUGAGAUUUUACCCUCCGAUUCCCCGAAAUGGGAGAGCUUGUUUGAGAACCAAAAGGGCGGUGACCCGGCUUCUGAAGGGUCGGGUUUCGAUGGGGAGAGGAGUAACUCGGUUGGGGAUCAGAGAGGGAAAAAGAAGAAAAAGAGGAGCAAGAAGAAAAACUCGAAUUCGAAAGGCGAAGAUAAUGGUGAAGAAGAUGGUUCUCCUUUAGAUAAAGGCGAUUUGGGUUUGGGUUAUCGGGCGAAACAGGAUUUGGUUUGUUUGUACCCGUUUACAUCAUCAAGUAGUGUUACACAGAGGAAGAUCAAGCAACAAUAUGAUGAACUUAUGAAGUGUCAUCAAUCCAAGGGAUUGACACUGGCUCAGAUUGGAGAUUUUGCUAAUUGUUUGGUGGAGGCUAAAAAUGAGUUGCAGCACAAGGCUGAUCUCAUCCAGCGUAAGUUCACUAUUACAAAGGCUUUACUAUGCAAAGCAGACCGGUCUUCUUUUGAUCGUCUUCGUCAGCAGAUAUAUAAACUAGAAUUAGAACAAAAGAGACUAGAAGAGGAUGCAUUCGUUUACAAUUGGCUCCAACAACAGCUCAAACUUUCACCGGCAUACAAGAAGAUGCUAGAAAUCGGUGCCCGCAUGGAACUGAAAGAAAAAUCCGAAGAGUUGAUAGAAACGGCAGAUACAGAAUAUUCUGACAUUUCUUUUGAAGAGUUACUAGCACAAGAGAAGAAAGAUUCAUUUUGGCAGAGAAAUGGGAAAUUGAGAGCUUGCUCAAACUAAUCAGAGUGACUAGCUAACUGUAGUCAUGGGAUUUUUCAGUUCAGUUCAGCAGUAUGUAUAUCCAACACCCGAAGUCAUAAUUCUUUGAACUGCUUGUUGUUCUUUGAACUGGGGCAAUGAAAACAAAUUCCAUUUUUUUGGUAGGUUUUUCAACCAAUGAAGCCGGUUUGAGCUGAAAGCAGCGUACCCAGUAUUCUGAAUUUGGGCCUUUCUACUAAUUGGCAACAUUUUCUGAGUUUAUGGAAACUCUAAAAUGUGCUCCAUACCUGAUCCUGUGCUGGUUUCUCUUUUGAGCUUUUGAGCCUUUGAGGGCGCCUAUUUGCAUAAAGCAAGCUUUACUUGAAUCAAAGUUUCAAAUGCAUGGUGCAAUGUCUGUGCAAUAGAUUUUCUUCUUCUUCUCUCUCUUUCUCCAUAUAAUAUACAUUCUCUAUACAUGUAAGAGUGAGUCAUAUGGAUUUUGGACUUCAAAUGAUAGUGCAUGGAAGGAACUGAGGCAUGAGACGUGUUUUUGAGUUUUGGGAUCGCAUAACAUAUAGUUAAAAAGUAGCAUACUGUAUUAUAUGCUAUUGUUUUGGUA